AUGGCGGGACGGACCGCGACGCGAACCCUGAACCGCCCGACCGCGACGACCGCGACGAACGCGAACAUUCACCGCCCCGAUUGCCGAGACCGAGGAAUAAUAAUGCUCGGGAGCAAGAGAUCGACAUCCGCUUUCCAAUUUGUUCAAAAAUGGCUUCUACCACAGUCUUUGGCCGUUGGUUGGACAUGCCCCGAGGCACUGGAGCUGCAUAAGUUCUUCAAACUCUUAGCUAGAAAUCGAUCGAAGAUCUCGUCUGAGAAACAUCGUGAAAAUAUCACCACUGUUCAGAACCUGCGCCAUUCAAUCGCCGGCAUCCGCCACGCUGCUGUGCACCGUAUGGUUCAAGACAGCGAUAGUCUGCUUUGA